AUGUUGCCAGUUGCCCCAACGCUCGGUGAAUUCAAGCUUCCCAACAUUGACAAUGAGCCUAUGCGCAACUACGAGCCUAGCUCGAAGGACCGUGAAGAGCUCCAGAAGGCUGUCAAUGAGCUUCUGACAAGCGCCCCCUUCGAGGUGCCUGUCAUUAUUGAUGGACAAGAGUUCAAGACGGGCAAAAUGAACAAGCAGGUGAAUCCGGGCAAUCAUGCCCAAGUUCUCUGCAACUAUCAUGAGGCUGAUGAGCACAUGGUGCAGACGGCCAUUGAAGGCGCGUUGAAGGCGAAGGAGCAAUGGUCUUACAUGCCCUGGAGUGAGCGUGCGGCUAUCUGUAUGAAGGCUGCAGACCUGAUUGCGAAUAAGUACCGCUACAAACUUCUUGCUGCUACCAUGGUUGGUCAGGGUAAGAACGUUUGGCAGGCUGAAAUUGAUGCCGGUGCUGAGAUUUGCGACUUUUUGCGCUUUGGUGUCAAGUACGUCGAUGAUAUGUACCAGAUUCAGCCGCCACGCAACUCGCCUGGUGUCUGGAAUCGUACGGAGUACCGUCCCAUUGAGGGUUUCGUGUUGGCUGUUUCGCCAUUCAACUUUACCGCCAUUGCUGGUAACCUCGUGAUGACCCCUGCCAUGGUCGGUAACGUCGUGGUGUGGAAGCCUUCGCCUAUGGCUAUUUACUCCAACUACCUUGUGUACAAGAUCUUUGAGGAGGCUGGUGUACCCCCAGGUGUGAUUCAGUUCGUCCCUGGUCCGGCUGAGCCCGUGGUGGGUGCUGCGAUCAACCACCGUGACUUUGCGGGUCUGCAUUUCACCGGUUCGACGUUUGUGUUCAAGUCGCUUUGGAAGCAGAUUUCGCAGAACUUGGACCUGUACCGUGGCUACCCUCGCAUUGUUGGUGAGACUGGUGGCAAGAACUUCCACUUUAUCCACAAGUCGGCGAACAUUGACGUUGUUACGACGCAGUGCAUCCGUGCUGCGUUCGAAUACCAGGGUCAGAAGUGCAGUGCUCUUUCGCGUCUUUACGUACCCAAGUCGCUGUGGGAAGGCGGUCUGAAGGAGAAGCUGGUUGAGCGUACCAAGUCGCUGACGCUUGGCCCUGUGGAGCAGUUCCAGCACUUUAUGGGCCCUGUCAUUGCGAAGCACUCGUUCGACAAGAUUAUGGGCUUGAUUGAGGAGGGCAAGAAGGCUGGUGGUGAAGUCCUGGUGGGUGGCACGGGUGACGACUCGAAGGGCUACUACGUGCAGCCGACGAUCAUCGAAACCAAGGACCCCCGCUCAGUGACUAUGGUCAAGGAGAUUUUCGGCCCUGUGAUUACCGUAUACGCCUACCCUGACGACCAGAUUGAAGAGACAUGCGAGUUGGUCGACUCUACGACCGAGUACGCUCUCACUGGCUCGAUUUUCGCCUCGGACCGUCACGCUCUCAUCCACAUCAGCAACCUGCUGCGCAACGCAUCGGGUAUGAUGUACUACAACGACAAGUGCACUGGUGCCGUGGUCGGCCAACAGCCCUUCGGUGGCGCGCGUGGCUCGGGUACGAACGACAAGGCUGGUAGUAUGAACAUCUUCUUCCGUUUCGUGUCGCCACGUACGAUCAAGGAGUCGAUGCUUGACCCGUCGACGCACCUGUACCCCUCGAACUACUAA